GUUUUUUUUUAUCAGUAUUUUCUGAUUACACGUCCGCCUGCUCGAGGGUUCCAGCCUGAAACAGUCACAUUAACUUGGCAUUUUUUGCAGGUAAAGGCCGUACUUUCCUGCUGCGCAGGUGACAGUAUCAAUCCGAUCCUAAUUGAGCUUAAUUGACGCUUAAUUCACUUUGAUCAUUAAAUAUCAGAAAGUAAACUGUUACUGUUUCAGGCGCCAAUUUUACGAUGGCUAAUUUCAGAUACUUUAUUGGGUUGAUUAUGAUGGCGACAGCCGCUAGAUCCAUCAAUGGGACCAUGGAGGAUUUCUUCCCAGAUAUCAAGCAAAACUUGACGAAAAUAACUUGGGCCCAUGCGGUUAACAACCAAACUUACCUCGAUGCCACCCUGAAAAAUGACAUCAACAUGAUUGAAGCUGACAUUGUUCUGGGAACACUUAUAAACGGCAAGACAGAUCCCAUUCCCAUCAUGGGUCAUCCGCCUCAGAACACUUCGGAUCUGUCCUUGGAAGGCUUUCUGGCGCAGGUGCAGAGCUUUGAUAGCACUUCGAACAGCUCGAAAAAGGGUAUCAAGCUGGACUUUAAAACAAUUGAGGUGUUGGAGGCUUCAAAGAACAUUGUUAGGAGUGUUGCCGAUAAGGAUGAUGACCUUCCCAUCUGGAUCAACGCUGAUAUCCUUGCAGGCCCCGUCAACGCCAGUACAAAGCCAGUGAACGCCAGCCGGUUCUUAGAUGUCGCAAAAUCAUUCCCUAAAUCCAUCCUUUCCCUCGGCUGGACUACUGCUUACGAUUCCAACUCGAAUGGAUCAUACGAAUCAUCGCAGAUCCAGGAGAUGAUCGACGUUAUUCGAUCCCACAACAUUACGCAGGAAAUAACGUUUCCGGUGCGGGCUGGAUUAGCCGCCCGAAGUCUGGAGCAACUGACCAAUCUUACGGAGAGCAUCGAAAAAUCUACAUUGACAAUUUGGUCCUCCGACGGAGACAAUGUGUCUGUGGAGGACUUGAGGCUGUUGAUCAGCAAAAUUGGACUGAACAGAACGUAUAUUGAUGUGCCCAGCGAUCUUCUGGAGCAGUUGCGUCUGGAUGAUCUUCCCAAUAGCAGCCCAAGUCGAAGUGUUGUUGGAGCUGCCGUUUGGAUGCCGGUGCUCUUGGUGCUGGCGGGCAUUUUCCAGAGCUUAAGCCUUAUUUAGUCAAUAAGUGUGGCACUUUAAUUAUAUAGAAAUAAACGAUAUACAAUAAAACAGUA